GCCGACAUUGUGCAUAUGCACAUUGAUGGAGUCUGAGGGUAGGUAUAAAUCAACAUAUCCCGAGUCCAUCUGCAAUAGAGGGAGAAAAGAGACUCCGGCUUUUGCCCUUGUAUUACCUAACGCACUGAUUCGGAUUAUAUACAAAUGCAAACAAUUUCAUCUUCGUCGUCUGGCAUAACUUCAUUCGUGUGUGUAUUUUCUUGUAAAACAUUAAAGUCUAAUUUCAUUACAAUGGGGUCUGUGCAUAAAUUGUCAUAUUUCGUGGUCUCUGUACAUGUCGACGGUUAUACCGGCACGUAGUUGAUGGUGAGUCAGCAUAACAUGUCAGAGUUUUCCUUGAACUCAAGGAAAGCACCCACUUCCAUAGACGGUGCAUUUAAUUCCCUCAUCCUUUUUUGCUCUGCUCUAUGAUGCUAAAUUUGAAACCUAUUCAAAGAGUACUUACAACAAUCAGAACCACUAAUUCAAUACACUGCUGUUUUUGUCUGUGUAUGAAUGGCAGUGAAUAAAUCGUCAUCAUAUAAACUGGGCUUAGAUGGAGCAUGCGUACCAUAUGCUGGAUGCUGAUUUUAACACUAGAAAAAGUCAGAUCGCACGUCGUGCUUAGGUAGUUCCCUUCCCGCACAUGGCCGACAAACAAACAUUGGUGAAUCGCUGGAUUGGCUGCCGUUUGCAUCACCAGACGAGUUGUUACUUUUUCACCAUAUCGCAUGUAAGCGUGGAAGAAGCGGACCGCGGUAAAUUGCUCCCGGACGAAUUCGUGCAGAAGAACUCCAUUUUCGGAAGUCGGACAGGACGGACUAACUAAAAAGUUCGAAUGAAAUGAACAGUAUUCAUUGAUUUUGCGUAUUUCGUUGAGUUUUUUUGCUACUUAUUAUGGUAAGAGUUUGUAAGUUUGUCGAAAAGUCCUUAAAAAACCACCACAUAUCAUCUGCAUCCUCUAAAUAAGUCUGAGCAUCGGUAUUGAAGGAGGUAAAAUAACAUACAAUCCGACAUGCAACAUAUGCGGCAGGGUAUUAGGAUGAUGCGUGUGAUAUUUGGUUGCAAAAUUCACAAAAAUGUUGGUGGUUGAUGAUAGUUCAUCGAUAACGUACGAACUGCCAGGAUUUAUGUUAAACAAUAAAGUCAAACAAUUGAAUCAACGGCAUACCGGGACAGCUAGUUACAAAAAAAUGACUUACAGAGAUUGUGUGUGCAGGCAAUGCUUGAAUGCAACAGGCGUAGUAUCGCAAGUUGUAUAAAUAUAUCAUGAGUAGGCAUGUCUUGCCGGAGACAAGGGCGAGGUGCGUGCUGCUUAAUAUGCUAUGCCUCUAGCAGUAAGGCUAACUCUGUGGUAUUUAAGCGUCUGGAUGCUGCAGUAUAGUGAAUUCUAGGUUAAAGUCAUUUGAGUGGCAGUUGCGGUGGAAUUUGCAGAGGGUGGCCUCAUGACUUUGAAACACACAAAUUGGUGUCUCUCUUUCAAACAGAAAUUAAAAAUCCCCGUUAUCGCGUGCGCAUAUACGACCGCUAGCAUAAGACCAUAAAGGUGGGGAUAGACUGCCUUUUGAGACCUCUUUAAUGUGCGUGUACGCCCUUGCUUGCGUUUUUGGGGCAGUUAAUAUUGGUAACACAACUUGACACCAAUCCUAACGGAUACGAGAGCACCAUACUGCCUGGCUAAAACAAAGCGUGAAAAGGUCUACCGUAGGCGCAAAUGUGGGUCGCUUGGUUUAGAGCGGCCACUGGGCUGAUGUCAACCAAGCAUUCCGAGUCAUCUAUAAAAUGCCGAUCAGGCAUUCCACGUUCCUGCAUCAGCGGAUGUGUGCGACGGCAGAGGCCGUGGCCGUACGGUUAGUCAACCCAAUCCCGCGCUCGCAUCAGGCGCUUGUACAGGUGCUAAGGCUUCCCUGGCCAAAGUCGAACCCGGCAGUCUGAUCACACCUUCUGACACGUUGUGUUACAGCGAGGAAGCAGGAACAGUUACUUGCCACACAACUUACCUCAUCCCCUCCCUCUGCCCAUUGCAAAACUAAAAUGGCACAUCUGACCUCUAAGAUCCCAUCAACCCUCUCCCCCCAAACUUAAUUUUAUUGGCUGUUUAACCUUGACCACUCUACAUUCCAUUAUAAUAAUCCAAAGGCCUAUUGAUUAGAAAGCGUAAGUUUGUCGGACUUGACUGUUUAAAUAAUGCUUUGAUAGAAAUGCCGUGUAAGUCGAUAAGGCAUCUGGAAAAGACGGGUUAAUCAGCAAGGCGGAACACCUAUUUUCAACAUUAACUCGAAUCUCACAACGGACUUUCUGUGUAUAAUUGUUUAAAAUCACAUCCUCAGACAUGACUUGAUCCACUAUCAUGAUAUUAAAAGCGGACCUACUCCCUCUCUUUGCAUGAAAGUGGGUGCGUCUAAGGAAGUUCAUCAUUUUCCUAACGCAGACAAUGGGCUCAAGCCUGCCAUUGUCUCGAUCACCAAUUUCCACGGUCUGUUCCAAGGCUCAUGGACAGCGAAUUGCGCUUGGGCUAGGUUUUAAUGAUAGUAGACGGCAAUCGUGUCUUCCUCUUCUUCAAGACUGCUUCCUGGUACUCGUCUCUUCGUUUCUAUUGGCAAUGCAUUUGGGCGCGAUGCUCUCCGAUCGACCCGUUCGUGGGAAACCUUCGCCCUUCGGGAGGCUUCCACGUAUUCGCAGAUCCGGUUUCUGCGCAGGUGUCUCGACAAUAAUGUGUUACCGAAAUGUGUUUAAUACUAGCACCCGGUUAACACGGAGUUGGCAAGACAAGCAGUAUUUCAACAUAACAGAAGGAUGAUCCGAGUGCUCCUCCAAGAUUGCCACACGAGGUUUCGCAAGUACCAUCAAAGGAUUGACAAAGAAAAGACCAGGUACUGUGAGUUCAUGGGCGAGAUCGUAGAAAUCUGCUCCUGCAGAGGAUAGCCGAACAACUCCGCGAACAUAGCAUGAUACUCGGCGCAGCAUUGGCAAACAAAUUUCGAAAGCUGCCCAGAAACGAAAAACUGGUGCACAACCUGUCGUCAAAGGAGCUGACGAAGGAUCAGACGCAGGUUUUACGGCACGAAGCUUCAUUUAACACGGCUGACGCCAAACCUGUCAACAUGAUUGCAGCAGUGGAAUCAAUCCUUUGUCAGACGGAGGCAACGGAGGAGACUAAGAGCCUCAUCGGACACCAAGUGUCGUCUCUCCUGAUGGCCCACAGGCCGCGGGAAGUGCUUUCCAAGGUCGAACGUGAUGCGCUUAGAGAAAUCAAGGCCGACAAAGACUUGGUCAUCGUGCAGCGGAUAAGGGGUGCUCCACGGCUGUGCUGGACUGGAAAGACUACCUUCAAAAAGCCAAAGCUUUACUGAAAGACCGACAGUUCUAUGUCCCCUGUGCAACGAACCCUUUAAAGGCGCAGACACGCGAAAUUAAUGCUCGUUGUUGGCCUUGGAGAACUCAGGUGCAAUAACACCGACCGUCAGACGCACGGCGAGACCCUAAGAUACGGUUUUGGCCCGAUUCUAUGGCCUCCCAAAGGUGCAGAAAGACGGCACUCUUCUCCGAUCCAUCGUGUCGCUCAAAGGGACUCCUACGUAUGGACUGGCUAAGGGGCUGUUCCGGCGUCUCAAGUUCCUGACCGCUGAAUCAGACACCACGGUCUCUUCGUCAGCACAAUUCCUGGAGAAACUCAAAGGGGUAAGCAUCCAUCCAAAUGAGGUCAUGGUAUCUUUUGAUGUUACAUCCCUUUUUACUUCUAUUCCCCAGGACCUGGCGAUCGAGACAAUUGAGCUGCUACUACAAAGCAAAUACGAUGAAACGGAUAACCGUGUUGGACACGCCCAGAUCCUUCAGCUCUGUCUCAGAACGUACUUCACGUUCGACGGGACAAUCUAUGAACAGGUGAAGGGCACACCAAUGAGUUCGCCGAUUUCGGGAUUCAUCGCCGAGGCGGUCAUGCAACGGUUAGCGUCGCUGGUCUUCCAACACCACAGACCGAAAUUCUGGGCCCGGUAUGUGGAUGAUACCUUCGUCGUCAUCGAACGGGAUCAGGUGUUGACAUUCCAAGAACAUCUCAACGCCGUCUUCCCGGACAUUCAAUUCACGAUGGAGGAGGAAGCAAACAACCAGCUGGCCUUCCUGGAUGUCCUCGUAUGCCGCAAAUAUUAUAGUGGACUAAAGAGUAAAUUGUUCAGGAAUGCAACAAAUACGAUGCAAGUACUGAACUUCAACAGUAACCACCCAAUCAGCCACAAACGCAGUUGUGUAAGGACGCUCUAUCGGCGUGUCGAAACGCACUGCAUUGAGCCGGAAGACAAAAUUGCCGAACUACAAUACCUCCGACGGGUCUUCAAAACCAACGGCUACCCGCGCAACUUCGUCGGCCGGUGCAUACGCAAAAGGGACGAAAGGCCUAACCGCACGUCACCAAAUCUUUGCGGGCACUUCCGUAUGUCAAGAACGUUUCGGAAGCUGUUGGCCGCCUUCUCACACCACUUGGCUUUGGAGUUGCACACAGACCGGAGGCAACCAUCAGGCGUCAGUUAAUGAAACCGAAAGACACACUGCCACGGAAAGAAACGUCUGGAGUCGUUUAUCGGAUCUGGUGCAGUUGUGGACAAAGCAACUAAGUCGGAGAAACCGGAAGACAACACCAAACGCGAAUGAUCGAACACGCUGUAGCGGUGCGGAGAAAUGACGCUAGCUCUCGAGUUGCGGCUCAUUCGACGGGUUUCGGCCCCACAUUCGAAUUUGAUCAUGGCUGUUUGUCUAUUUCCAACACCUAUGCCCAUUGAGAUUUGACGUGGAGAAGUAAGCAGUUUUUGCAGUAGUCCUCGUUGAAAUCUAUUUAUACGUUUCAGGACUGCUCUUUGUAUAAACUUCCACAGGGUAACCGACAGAAUACUCAUCUCCCUGAAUAUACCUGACGGGAUGCUAUUUUUGCUAACCAAAGUUCGUGCAGGGACUGUUAGUCCUUAUUUUCUCAUUCUGAUGAUUUGAUAGACGUGAUCGCUGUUAUAUGCAACGCUCACUUAUUAAAUACUGAUAAAGACCUUAUAGUUGACAGUACUUAUAUUUCCCCCGAACCUGUGAAGGUGCGCUAGUCCUCUUUUUCGACUUUCUUUCACAAAAACUUGCUAUAUUGUCCUGCGAAUAUCUAAUUCAAUUAUGCAGCGAUUUUAACCACGCGAUCAUAAGUCCCCUCAAACUUUUAAGCCUUGAUGACCUUGUCUGCUCCAAUACUCGAGUUGACGCCCCCCUCUAGAUGACACUUUGAUCAAUUGCUGCAAACAUUUCUGUGUUAAAAACAGAACUCAUUGUCAGGGUCAGAUCAUUCCACGUUAUAAUGCUCUUCUAAAAAUCUAUUUGAUUUCUAAUCGUGCGCUGAUAACCAAACCUGAAAGAAGGAUCAAUAUUCGCAAUACAUCCCCACAGAGCGUUCACUUACUUCAGACUUCCAUAUUUCACAUUAUACCCGCUUUCAUCGAAUAAUCGAAAUCGGAAUAGUGCCCUAUCCACCUGUCAACAAUUUUUAAUGAACUUUCUGAUACUUGCUGUCCUUUUCAUAGUGUUAUGGUGUGACCGGAUAGAAUUCCUUCUCUUUAUCUAAAAUUCUUAAGACGCUAAAUGGAAAUCCCCCACAGGCCCGGAUGAUGUGACAGCCUUGAGGACUUUAACGAAAGAGAUUAUAAUACUAUAAAGGCCUGUUGAUUAGAAAUCGAAAGCGUACGUUUGUCGGAAUUGACUGCUUAAAAAUGCUUUGAUCAAAAUACCGUGUAAGUCGACAAGGUAUCUGGAAAAGACGGGUUUAUUUGAAAGUGCCUGCAGUGCAAGCCUUUCAAUGUUGGCUUUAGCUGAUUUUCUCCAUAAAGUUGACAUUUUUGUAGUUGACCAGGUGCGUCGCAUGGCGUCAGUCAAGUUUGUGAAUGUAAUGCCUGUCGAACGUAGUCUUCCUUGAGUUUUCACGGCGCCGAACGCAAAAUGAAUUUCAUUUACUGC